AUGACGGAGUGGGCGUCGAGUGGGAGUCGGGAGGAUGGGAGUCGGGAGUGGGAUGGGAGUCGGGAGUGGGAUGGGAGUGGGAGUGGGAUGGAGUCGGGAGUGGGAUGGGAGUCGGGAGUGGGGGAGUCGGGGGGAUCGGGAGUCGGGAGUCGGGAGUCGGGAGUCGGGGAUCGGGAGUCGGAGUCGGGAGUCGGGAGUCGGGAGUCGGGAGUCGGGGUCGGGGGUCGGGGAGUGGGGUCGGGAGUCGGGAGUCGGGGGUCGGGAGUCGGGGUCGGGGUCGGGAGUCGGGGUCGGAGUCGGGGUCGGGGAUUGAAUGCUGGAUGGCGGUUUGGUGUGGGAAGUGUUGUGUUCUGCUAUUCAUGGAACUCCCUCCAGCUUGGGCGACAGAAUGUGCUAGCGGCCGGGGUGGCGGAGUUGAUCACUUGGUUAAUAGAGCGAUCUUCUCUGUAUCCGUAA